GAACAAAAACACUACGUAGCGUCCAAACGUGUGACGUCACGCCCACGUCCUACGUCAACUCUAAAUCGAAGUAGAUUUCUCCAGGCGUACUCUUUUUAUUUUCUGUAUUGUAACAAACAAUUGUACAUAUAUUCUUUGAGAAAAAAAUCACGGGAGCUCGCCGCUGCAAAGGAAUAUGUUCAUCGGAUGCCAGGCACGGGGUCGAAAUCGACGCCUCUCUCAGCUAAGCUAACGUUACUGCAUUUAUAAGCAAACUUGCUAGCCGAGAAGCUAGCGCUAGCAUUUAGCUGUCGUUACCCGUCGAGCAAGCUAGCUAUCAGUAGCACUGUAGCCUAGCUCACUAACAAGUGACAAUUGAGAAAGGUAAACAACCAUUAUUUUGAGUCCGCUGAUUUGAAAUAGGUAGACUGGUGGCUUAAUUGUUCUACGCAGUAUGUUAUGUUGAGAAAAUGGACUGUCUGGGGACACUAUUUGCACCGUAAAGACUGACGUGCGAAACGGGGGAAGGGGGCAUACCAGCAGCAACAUCGUCAACGAAAAACAAUACAAAUCCCGAGUCCCUCAUCACUGACUAGGCCGAUCAAGCUAACUCAAGCUAACCGCUGCCCAGUGCUAGGCUGAAGAAAGCAGUGUAGCUACAUCUCGAUUCAUUAAAAUCGUGCAGGACUGACAAAAACAACAGUGUGGCCGCCUGAAGUUAUCCCCAGCCUCCCAGGACACGGAUGAUGUGAUCCAAGACAUGCCAGAGAGACACGCCAUGAUGUUCCGAGACCAGGUGGGCAUCCUGACGGAUUGGUUCAAGAACUGGAAUGAGUGUGAACAGACGGUGGCACUGUUGUCCCUCCUGAAGAGAGUGUCCCGCACCCAGGCUCGCUUUUUACACAUUUGCCUUGAGCACUGGCUGGCAGAUUGCACAGAGAUCCACAUCCUAGAAGCUGAGGCCAACAAUGCAGCAAUUGUCAGCCAGUGGCACCAGGAGCCAAAGGAGAAGGUGGUGUCCCUGCUGCUGUCCCACCUGCCUCUGCUCCAGCCGCGCAACAGUGAAGCCAAAUGUGAGUACAUGAAGCUGCUGCAGAAGGUGUUGAGUCACACUAUUGAGAGCAGCCUGUUUGUGGAAGAGAGCAGACAGCUGCUAUCCUAUGCUCUCAUCCACCCGGCCACCACCCUGGAUGACCGUACCUCUCUGGCCAUGUGGCUCAACCACCUGGAGGAGCACCUCUCCAGUGGCUAUCCACCUUCCUCCCGAGCCCCAUCUAGCCCUUACCACCCACGCCAGGGCUCAGAUGAAUGGCCCAGCUCUGCUGAGGCCCUGGACCCUGGCCAUGCCUGGCACGACAAGUCCCCCUCAUCCAGCACAUCUCCUGCAGGCCAGAACGGACACAUGCCCUUUCCAGGCGGCAUGUCCUCUCCCAUCAACAGCAAUAACACAGGUCUGGGUGGGCAGAUGCAGCCCAGCCCUCUGAAGAAGUCCAUGUCCCUAAUCCCUUCCAGUCCUCAGGCUUGUGGCUCUGAGUGGGUUAGCCAGGAUGACCUUGGGGGCCGACAGGCCUUUGUUCCAACAGACCAUGCACCCCUGUCUCCCCAGAGCAGUGUGGCCUCCUCGGGCAGUGAACAGACAGAAGAACAAGGUUCCACACGCAACACCUUCCAGGAGGAUGGCAGUGGCAUGAAAGAUGUCCCCACAUGGUUGAAGAGUCUCCGUCUUCAUAAAUAUGCAUCGCUUUUCUCCCAGAUGACCUACGAGGAGAUGAUGAUUCUCACAGAGCAGCACCUGGAGUCACAGAAUGUUACUAAAGGGGCGCGGCACAAGAUUGCCUUGAGUAUCCAGAAGCUGCGUGAGAGGCAGAGUGUGCUCAAGUCCUUAGAGAAGGACAUUUUGGAAGGGGGGAACCUGCGGAAUGCCCUCCAGGAACUGCAGCAGAUCAUCAUCACACCCAUCAAGGCCUACAGCCCACCCAGUGCAGCGCAGACAGCCUUGGACUCCACCACGUCCCCCUCCGAAGCCUCCAAGACGGGGGCAGACAAAGAGCUGGCCUCAGAGGGCUUCCAGUCCCACAACCCGCCUCCUUGUGAUGGGGAGUCCUCGGCCACACCCAUCUCAGACGGCGAUAUUGCCGGCCAGUUCACCCGGGUCAUGGGUAAAGUAUGCACCCAGCUGCUGGUGUCCAGGCCAGAUGAGGAGAAUAUCAGCUGUUACCUUCAGCUCAUUGAGAAGUGUGUGACACAUGAGGCUUUCACAGAAACUCACAGGAAAAGGCUGGUCUCCUGGAAGCAGCAGGUCCUGAAACUGCUCCGCCUGUUCCCUCGGAAAGCUAUGCUGGACAUGCCUGUGUACCGACAGAAAGGCUGGGCGUACGGGUCCAACUCCCUCCCCACAGCAGGCUCUGUGAGUGGAGGAUUAGGGCGGCGGGGCCAAAGGCAGUUCCAGAUGGCCCCUCGUGGGCUCCCAGCCGGGCGUAUGGGCCUUCUGAGUCCAGGCGGGAUCGGUGGAGCAUCUCCACGCCACACCCUCACUAAUCCUGCGCUGACAGGCCAGGGCAGACAAAACCUGUGGUUUGCCAACCCUGGAGGCAGUAACAGCAUGCCAAGUCAGAGCCGCAGCUCUGUGCAGCGGACCCACUCGCUCCCUGUCCACACCUCCCCGCAAACCAUGCUCCUGUUCCAGCAGCAAGAAUGCCAAGUUCCUGGUGCCGACCUGGAGAUCAACCCCACGCUGGAGUCACUGUGCCUCAGUAUGACAGAGCAUGCCUUAGGGGAUGGAAUUGACCGAACAUCAACAAUAUGAAAACGCAGUGGGAAGAAGAAAGACAAAAAACACACUUCACUUCAGUUGAGGCCUGUUCAGUUCCUCAUCGCCCAGCACAAAGAUAUAUGCUUAAGAAAAACCAGGCAAAGCGGUCACUACAAAAUGACAAAAACUGUGUAUAUGUUCUCUGAUAUUUUUGUACUUUAUUAUAUACAACUAAGUUUAUUAUAAAUGGAAUACAGAUGAAUAUUAUAUUGCAGGAGAGAGAAAAGGUUAAAUUGUGCAAACUGCUCCAUGUCGUCUGCAGGACUGUGACAUGAGGCGCAGAGGCUCAGUUUGCCGUGGUCCGAGAGCAAAAUGGUGGAUUGGUGCUGUCUUAAAGGGGUUCUGCCCUAUGAGUUUCUCUUCUUUUCCUCCUGCCUUGGAGCGAGGCUGCUGCCCAGAACACACUGACAGCCCACAGCUCCUGCCCCCACAUAAUGUAUAGAGUCAAAAGUUUCCCAACCAGGAGCAAGGCACUUUUAUCCUCCACACACACGCAUAAAUCUUCUAAAUUGGGCACUAAGCUGCAUUUGACACACCAGUACACUCACUCGGAGGCUCAGCUCGUAGCCAGGGCUCGAUCCACUAAAACACAACCACACUUCCCAGCCACGACCCCAUGUCCUUUAACCAGUGCUAGCGAGGGAUGUGUUGGUUGAAUCUCAGAAGUCUCUCCUUAGCCCCUUGGUGUCCUCUCUUUCUGCCACACUCCCAAAAGCGUUAGAAGAGAUUGUGUUUUAGAAACAGGGAAGGAGGACCAAAGGUAUUAAGGAGCAGCUUGUAAUUCAACCGCAGGCAUACCCUUGUGUCUCGGUUCAAACACAUAGACAAGGUAGAAAUGACUGUCCUGCUCUCAACUUCUGCAAAGCCAAAGAGAAGGGCUGUGUGAUUGUUAAUUUGACAUCUUUGUAGAGAAAUGCAACAGAAUGGUAUAAUUUUUUUAAAAGAACAAUAGCAGUUUGAGGAAUUUAUGCCAGUUGCAAUUUGUCUCUGUUGAUAUUUUAUGCCCUACUACAUAAAUGAUGAUGAAUCUCAUUUUGUGCCGAGGAAUCCCUACAGGGUUGAAUAAGGGCUGGUGAGGUUUGUACUGUGUAAGAGCUGAUUUGAUAUUGGAUUGAUAAAAGCGGGGAGGGCAGAGUGUUUUCAAUUUACAAUUUAAUGCUGGGUGAGAAAACUUAAUGAAACCCAUCUCAACCCUCUGGCCGCCUUAUGAUUGGCUUUGGAAGAUGAAGCUCGAUCCUGUAACGAAUGCUCCAGUACUCACCUCUUCACCCUCGCAGUGCCCUCUCCUCAAAACGGCCAGUGUGGUGAUUUGAUGAAUCAUACUUUUCAAGGUGCUUGAAGAUGUCCAUAUUUUCCGUUUGUGUCUCGAUAUGUUUCAGUCUCAAAAACCCUAACAUUAUCAUAUGGUAUCAGUGUUGAAUCAAAAACUGUCUUAUACGGCCUCUGUCUUUGAAUGUGGCAGAGCGGAGGUGCAUGUAUGUGUAGUAUGGUCUUAACUUUUGGAUCACCUUUGGUUGCAUCAUAAGGCAGGGAUAACAUUCACAUUUUAUUUCUGCAGAGCCAUAGGAGGUCUGUCUAGUAAACAUGGUUAUUUACAGAUAUCUUUUCCAAUUGUAUUUUUUACUCUCCCUUGAUAUUGAUAACUUAUGCUUUUUUUCUAUAAUUGCAUGUUUUGCCACACUAAUUCAGCACUGUUGUAGAUAGAGGACAGAGUAGUCAUGGUGGUUGAUGGUGCCCACUGUCACCAAAAGCUAGAGAGCAGAAACGUUGCAACUAAUGUUCCAUGUUGAUACCGCCUAAAUGUCACUGUUUACAUCUCUCUGGGAUAAUACCCAUUUCAUGUUAUGUGAUGUCAUGAAUAUUCCAUUGUCUCACGAUGUAACACAUUAAAGAACUGAAGCCUUCUCGCAAAUGAGCUGGCUGGGUAGAGCGUGACAACCGAUGCCUUCUACCCCGUAUCCAUCGACUUCUACGAGUCUUGGUAGAUCUUUCAAGUGAUACUUGUAUGAGGCAUGUACUGCCUGCCUUUCUGGUUGUGGAGUGACAAAAGAGAAUAGUUUUCCUGGCCUUGUGAUAAAACUGUUAGUUGUCACGUGCUGAUAAACUGUUCAUGUGGUGCCUAAAAUGCACAGCUCCAGCUUCCUCUGUCUGUUGAUUUGGAUAAUGGUCCUGAAUAGUAUUGUAGUAGUCAAUGAUUUCUUCAGAGCAGGCUCUUGGAUAGAUCUGACUUAGUGAAUGCACCAGAUUCAUGCCCGCAAAGAGUUCAAUGGGUUAAUGAUGACAACUUAAAGAUUCAGUUAUCUUAUUUUAAGCUAUUAACUAUACUGUAUAUUGAUACUCUUAUGUUAUAUGGCUCAGAUUUUCCUUUUCAUAACCUCUCUGUAAGGUUUUUGGACCUCUUACAUAAUAUUGCAGAUAGAAGGUAACGUGGCCACAAUGCAGAAACUCUCUGCAGGUUCCUGUGCAUAAUGGAAAUACAGCAGGGGAUGACAAUGCUUAUCUGAGCCAUAGCUGACGUGAUUAUGUGUAUAACUGAACACUAAUAACAGGCCAAGGAAUAUGUUUACUCCAUGUUUACAUUCCAGUGAUGCGUGAAAUGGGUUAGAAAAUGCACUUCAUAAGUUAAGCCUUGGGUAUAUUUUCACAUACCAAGCAGCCACUAUGAGGUACAAAGCCUAUAUGUCAUAUGAAGACUCUUACCAAGUGGUCUGUCAGAUAUUUGUCGAUGUCCCUGCCUGGCUUAAUGAAUAAAGCAGUCAGUUGUAGGCUAUAUUGCAUUUGUCUUGUACAAUUUAUAUUUAAUUCUAAUGAUGCCCCUGACAUUUUCUAAUAUUUUAUGAAUGAACAUUUUGCAUCCCAUGCUUACACACUCUACUUUUUUACUGUCACUCCUGUGUUUGAAUGGUCUGAACUGCAGCAUUCAUCGGAUUGACAGUCCAAAUAAAGGAGUUCAGUUCUUUUGCUACUUGA